UCUCUUAACACUAUGAAGAAGGAAGUGGGAACUGAAAGCGUAAAAAAGCCUCUAGACUCUCAUUUGAUCACAAUUCAUCAAUGCCAGCUGCGUUGAACUGCAACAAACGCUAAAUUUCGAUUGGAUCUGAAGCGAAAGAGAUAGGUUUAAUGGAGUAUCGAAAAAUCAAGGAUGAGGAUAAAGAAGGGGAUGUAAUUCCAAGUGAUGUGGAGGGCUUGCAGUCAAAAUCUCUUUCAGGAACGGUGGCAGCCUUUGGAGGAAGUUCAAGAGAACAAAAUAAGUGGAAGCGCAAGACAAUUGUUACCAUUGCUUUAACUAUUCUUACAAGCUCCCAGGCAAUAUUAAUUGUCUGGUCCAAGAGAGCGGGAAAGUACGAGUAUAGUGUUACCACAGCAAACUUCUUGGUAGAAGCUUUGAAAUGUGCAUUCUCAUUGGCAGCACUCUCAAGGAUAUGGAGUAACGAUGGUAUUACUGAUGAUAACAGGUUGAGUACAACCUGGGAUGAAGUUAGUGUUUACCCCAUACCUGCAGCACUUUACCUCAUCAAGAAUUUGCUUCAAUAUUACAUCUUUGCGUAUGUGGAUGCUCCUGGUUAUCAAAUACUCAAGAACCUGAAUAUCAUUAGCACUGGUGUGUUGUAUCGUAUUAUUCUGAAAAGGAAGUUGAGUGAGAUUCAGUGGGCUGCAUUCAUAUUACUAGGUGCAGGGUGCACCACGGCACAACUUAAUCCCAGUUCCGACCACGUUCUUCAGACUCCUUUCCACGGUUGGAUGAUGGCCAUUGUCAUGGCACUCCUAAGUGGUUUUGCAGGAGUUUAUACUGAGGCGAUAAUUAAAAAGCGUCCUUCAAGAAACAUAAAUGUGCAGAACUUCUGGCUAUACAUAUUUGGAAUGGGCUUCAAUGCUAUUGCAAUAAUAAUCCAAGAUUUUGAUGCUGUGGCCAACAAGGGAUUCUUCCAUGGAUACUCACUGAUAACAGCUCUGAUGAUUCUUAACCAUGCGUUAAGUGGAAUUGCUGUGUCGAUGGUCAUGAAGUAUGCAGACAAUAUUGUGAAGGUGUAUUCAACUUCAGUUGCUAUGCUGCUGACGGCAGUUGUUUCUGUGUUCCUAUUCGGAUUUCAUCUGUCGCUUGCUUUCUUCCUCGGAUCAAUUGUUGUCUCUGUCUCAGUAUAUAUGCACUCCAUUGGAAAAAUUCAAAGAUAAAGAGAAGAGUGGCCACUGUUGAAGCAUAGAAUAUAUGUUAGUGCUUACUGUUCUCUACCUACCUUUAAUCUACUGUAUAUUAAUAUUUAACUUUUAAAAUCAUAUUUAUUAAAAUUGAAGGUCAAUUUACACUAUCAUUUUGA